AUGAGCUCUCAAAGCUUUGUCAUCAGUUCAUCUUCGACAACGACACCAAGUGGAAGCAAAGGAUUCAUGCAUAUCCCAGCAGAACUUUUCGAUCAGGUCGAUGCACAUCUUUCUGUAGAGGACUCGGCUAGCUUCAAGUCAGUUCAUCCACUCAUUGACAUCCGAUUGACCAGCAAUUUGACUCCAUACGACAAACUUCAUUUGAGUGAUGACCAAGAUGAGUGCUGGAUCUCUGACACCCGUGGACGUGCCGCUCCCAGAAAGUUCCAAGCCAACAACAUCUCAGCUCUGAUCCGUUCUCUUACUAAUUUGAGAGAGAUUACUAUCAUCAUGAAAGAUGUGAGCAUCAGAAAUGCACAAUCUUUGGAACAGAAGAUUAAUCUCACUGAAUGCACACCAUAUACUCCAAGUGGAUAUUUGGGAAAAUUGUUCGAAGGAAUCUCUCCAGCGGAACUCAACCUGAGACAGCUCUCAAUCCAUGUCGACAUCAUGGUCGAGUCUCUUCAAGAUGUCUACCACCUGAUGUGCCCAACUGCAGACCUCCACUAUUCCAUGAAUGAGCUUGCCAAUGCCAGUUUCAACUCGUUUGUCCAGAUCUCGAUUUGCUGUGCUCAAAUUCGUCCAACCGAUGAGAUGCCCCGCAACAACCUCCUUGUUGGAAUGCAACAUGCUCUGAAGUAUUAUCACGAACAAGGAGUCAAGACUGAGUUUGUGAUCGAGCCGUGUGAGGGAUACGUCGAUAUGACUGUCGAGAGAGGAAACGUCGAGUACUCGUUCGCCUUCUUCUACUACAACCCAACAAUCUGUGAUCCAACUCCAGAAGACAUGGACGUGGAUACCAAAGUUGAUGAGUCAAUGGAAUAA